UCGCAAUACAACCGAGACAGUAGCAACAAGGCCUAUUAUGCAUACCUCCUAAACAAGAAAAAAAAAAACCAAGAAAAAGAAAACAAGGAAAAAAAAAGAACAAUUGACUUGAAGGUAUUUAGAAGCGGCUUGUAAGGGACGAAAAUAAGAAUAAUAAUCAAUACUCCACCGCUGAAAACAGUAGCGAGACAAUGGCUGAUCUCCCUGAAUUUUUCGACCGACCGGUCCAUAUUGCCGUCAUAGGCGGGACGGGACUCUAUAAGAUUGACGGUUACACUCCCAUCGCCCGUGUUAACCCAUUAACGCCUUGGGGAUAUCCAUCCGCGCCCAUCCUAAUUCUCGAACAUAGCGGCGUGCCCGUUGCCUUUCUAGCCCGUCAUGGUGUUCACCACCAAUAUGCGCCUCAUGAGAUUCCCGCCAGAGCGAACAUCGCAGCUCUGCGACAUAUUGGUGUGCGCAGCGUUGUUGCCUUCUCUGCUGUAGGUUCCCUGCGCGAGGAGAUCAAGCCUAUGGACUUCGUUGUGCCGGACCAGGUUAUCGACCGCACCAAGGGUGUUCGUCCUUCUACCUUCUUUGAGGGUGGGCUCGUCGGCCACGUCCCCUUUGGCGAUCCCUACGACGACAAGCUUGCUCAGAUCGUACGUCAAUGCGCAAAGUCUAUGCAGGGUGAUGGCGUGGUAUUGCACGGCAGUGGAACUGCUAUCUGUAUGGAGGGUCCGCAGUUCUCUACACGCGCCGAAUCGAAUUUAUACCGCUCCUGGGGGGGUUCGGUGAUUAGCAUGUCGCUGCUACCUGAAGCUAAGCUGGCGAGAGAGGCAGAGAUGGCGCUCCAGGUCAUCUGCAUGGCUACCGACUACGAUUGCUGGCACACGACCGAAGACGUCGACGUAUCCAUGGUUAUGCACUAUAUGAACACCAACAGCAAAAAUGCGCGGCGGCUGGUUGGUGCCGUGCUAGACGAACUGUGCAAACACGAGAAUAGCGACUUAGUUACCGCCAAGCACUGGGAGGGUACCAGCAAGGGUGCUGUAAUGUUUUGCACCAAACCCGAGGGCCGGAACCCUGAGGCCUUAAGGAAGGUCCAGUACCUAUUCCCGGGCUUCUUAGAAGAGUGAUAGCCCCUCAAAACGCCAUAGGGAGCAUAGAGGGGCGGUAAGACACCUAGAUAUAGAUUAUCUUCAUAGACUACUCGACAUAGACGGACAUAGCGGCCCCGAUGCUUUUAUUCUGGUCGUUUUGUAAGUUACCUAGUUUCGUCGAUGUCCAAUACCCCAACAGCAUAUAGAGCCUGAUUGGUUGUCAUGUAUCACAUGAAUAUUAAGCUAGAUCCUCCCUCUUAGUAACUUACCCAAUACAACUUCUAUUACAACAA